AGUCAGUCACGCUCACGGUGUGAGUGUCAGUCAGGAGGCAUCCGCUCGUCCGUUCUGCCCCACAACACCAUCGUGUGUUGUCACUCACAAGCAUGCAUCUAGGCUUGUCAGCUGGUUACAGCCAACAAUCGUGACACAAGUUCACAGUACGGGUGCUUAGCCAUUGUCACAUUCCACCCACCCAACGCCUCAAACAAAAUUCGUUUGUUUCAAACAUUUAUUUUUCAGUAUUAUUUUGUUUUAACUGCAUCGAUCAAAAGUUCCCAUUCAUCGAGUUAAAGUGUUCACUUCAGGUUUCAGUUUAGGUGUGCGAGAAACCCUCUAAUUAAAAUACAAAUCUCUUCUGAAACUAUCAUGCAACUUUAUAUCGUUUCAACUGUACAAAAUAAUAUUUAUCUUCUAUGAAAUCUGUGAUAAUACUCUUACUAUUCUAUUUCUACUAUUUCUGAUAAUCUACGACUAGAAUGAACCAGGUUUAUCAAGUACUACGAAGUGAUUCGAACAGUUUUGGAAAACUCCGAGAUAAAUCUCCAGCGAAAUUCCGAGAAAUCUAGCGUGUAAUGUUUUGCUGAACUUUUGCGACCAUAAAUAGAUUAAUAUGAAACGGCCUAUAGUUGUUCUACUAAGUGAAAAACUUGAUUUUGAUGUGAUAUGUUUUCUCGAUUACAAUGUUUUUAGUUGAAAAAUUUUCUACCUCCAAUCCGCCCUUGUUAUUUUGUACGGAAAAAUUGCUAUUAGUAUAGUUAUGAACCUAAGCGCACUAGAAUUUGAAGGUAGAAUAGUUUAGAAUUAAUACAAUCGGUCUAAAAGUGGAAAUCUUCGUAGCUUUCACGAACAAUCAGUGAUGGGUCAUGUGGAUAACGGUUCAGAAUUGUGAUAAACAUGCGUGAUCCGAUGGAGAGGAGACUUGAUAGAAGAAGCUAGCCGUUACCGAUAACAAGACGGAGCCACCAUCCGACGUCAUGUCCCUGCUCAGUGUGACCGUGAAGAAGGCACGAUAUGUGGCAGCUCAACAGCCUGUCCAGUACAACACCUAUGUGACCUUGAAGCUUCAAAAUGUAAAAUCGACCACGGUAACUGUAAAGGGACCAAAUCCAUGCUGGGAGCAGGACUUCCUCUUUGAGACGAAUGAUGUGAGGACUGGCCUGCUGAUCGAGGUCUGGAACAAAGGCAUGAUCUGGGACCGGGCCAUAGGAUACCAUUGGCUGCCUCUGCCCAAAGUACACUACAGCAAUGAGGAGGGGGCUGGAGAAUGGGUGUCGCUGGAUGCAGAACUGGUGAUGAUGGACGGGGAGGUGGUCGGGACGAAAACGCCAACCGGACAUUCUCUGCUGGUCGACUGUCGAUUUGAGCUGCCAUUCGGACCCUACGACCCUCCUACAGGCUGGAAAGUCCUAUUGGCUGCAAGGGAGGGGAACUCCCCCCUCCCAGCCUCCCAAUCCUCAUACCCCAUUCCAGAAAACAAGAUGGCGUCUCAAGGGCACAUCGAAGAUCCGGAAAACACAGAGGCAGCCGACCUACAGAGGAAGCUGGAGAUUCUGAACAACAUCAUGGACCAGGAGGCCAGAGCGGAGCAAGCGAGACGUCAGAUUCAGUAUUUCGGACACUCGGGGUACUCGGAAGACUCGGACUACACGUCGGAUCUGAACUUCCCGGUGGGUCAGCACGCUAACAGCAGUGCGUCGCAGUUCCGCAAUGCCGCCCACCAGAUGGCAACACCGGAGACGAGUCGUGAAAACAGCUAUGAGACAGAUGAACCUCCGUCACAUCACGGCCCUCCGUCCCUCCAACAUGGGCAUCGUCUGGCACCUGGACCAAUUCGUGGAGGUAGAAGCAGUAGGAGAACGCGGGAUGACGUGUACUCAACACCACCAGAGGAGGCGCCCCUGAGGAGGGGCGGAGGAGGAGGAAUAGGUGACAUAGACCACGAACCACUGUCCUACAACAGUCGGCCCAACGAUCGGAGCAUUAGCGAAAGGUCUAGGUGGUACAGUGAUGAGUACACAGGCUCUCAACGGGGAAGUGUUUACGAAGAUGCCUCUCCCUACUAUCCACACAGCACAACGACCAAGGGUAGAGGACCAUCAGGAAGAAGGCCUAGCUUGGAGAGGCAGACCACACUGUAUGAUGACUCCUAUUCGAUGUAUUAUGGUGAUAAGCAUACAAUAUAUGACGCUGAAAAUAGUAUACCAUAUAGUCCUCCACGUGCCUAUAGUCCCGAGUUUUGCAGUUCCACAGCCUACAGAUACGAAAAUGAAAGAUACGGCCAAGAAGAGGAGGACCGACAAUGGGACUCUGGGGGGAUGCGAAAGGGGAGCAGUGUCAACUACUACCAAGGGGGUCCAGGCCCCCCGGCCCCCCAAUCGCAUCGGGACCACUACGAGAACAACAUCAACUCCAGUCGGCGCCAGUCCAACAGCUAUGGACACUCCUUGGACCAACCUGAGGCCGAAGAGCUGGGUGAUUUCUUGUAUGAGGCACCUGAUAUACCAUUCACCGUCGGCCGUAACGUUCCUAGUCAGCCGAAACGUCAGAUCUUCUACUCGCCACAACAGAGCUACGAAGAAGAGAACUACCAGCCGCACAAAUACGGUUCGGAACCGGACCGAGUCAUGACGGGACCGACCCGUCGACGUGGCUUCUCCAACCGGCGAGCCACCAGCCAGGAGUACACCGACUACUCGUAUCCGCCACCCAAGUCAUCCAAGCCUAAGAAGCUGCCCGAAAUCCCUACAACGAAAAUAAAGCCUUCACCUUCACUACCUCCAACCCCUAUCAGAAAGACUGUCACAGCUAGGAGAACCUCUUCGCUGGAGUAUCAGGAUGAUGGGGGUUACCCUCAAGAGACACCAAAAAAAGAUUAUAAAGAGUACAAUGAAGACUACAACUACGCUUAUGAUAGUACAGAUAAUUUGAUGACUCAACAGCAUAAUCAACAGUCGGUUUAUUACGAGAGUAGUAUGCCAGAGAAGCCAGCUGGCAAAAGAGCGCUUCCAGACACUUCCAAGUUCCUACAGAAAACGCAGACCACACCGGACCAGCUCCAGCAAAAGGUGCUGAGUCAGCACAAUCAGACAGCCGCCUUCAAUCAGCAGCAAAUGCAACAUGAUGCACAAGCUGUUGUUAUGCAGCAUAAUUUACAGAAUCAGGUGUACCAACAGCAACAACCAAUCCUUCCACAACAACUAUCAGCACAAUACCAGCAAUACCAACUGCAACAGCAAUACCAGGAGACUUACCAAGAUCCCUACCAGGAUGCCUAUCAAGAAUCAUACCAGGAUACCUCCUACACAACUACCUCCUACCAGGAUCCUUACCAGGAUACGAAUAAACUCUACCAGGACACAAACCAACAGUAUACGGAUACAAAUCAAAUGUACCAGGAUACAAACCAGUUGUACCAGGAUACAAACCAGUUGUACCAGGAUACAAACCAACAAUAUCAGGACACAAUAACGUCCACCUCAUACCAGGAGCGACCGUUGAAUGGAAGAGAUACUUUCAAGAGACAACACCAGAACGCUACAGGUGUGAGACAAAGUCCGAAAACCUUCCAGCAGCAGAACACUGACUCCCUCGAGUCCAGAGAUGACGAAUUGAGGGACAGUUUUGAAACGGCUGUCAGUUCUGUGAGCUCUUCCAUGCCGCAACCGGUCCGAUCCGUUGUGAAAUCGUUGUACGAAGGGUUCGUUGGUGCCACAAGUGGUGUACUGAAGGGGUCUUCCGAACCACCCGCGCCCGUUGUAACAAGUAUACCUGAAGUUGCUCCUCAACCGGCACCCGAGGAACGCAUCGUGUAUCCCAGCCGCAACGAUUUCACAGACAACCUGUACACUAGAGUGGUGGGGGAACGGGACUCGUUCAGUAGUGAGAGGACGGUCAAGGAGAUGGAGGGAUUCAAGGGUGACAGACUAGCCAAAGAACGAGAUUCCAUAUCAAGCGAGCGCAGUGCCAAGACAAUCUACCAGCAACAGCAGCUGACAGCGGGGUCAGCGGCGCCGUCUCCCACUCCAAUGGGCUUCCAAAAUCAUCAACAGCUGCAACAACAACAACAACUGCAACAACAGCAACUGCAACAACAGCGUGGGCCACUGCGGCCUCAGGAGUCGAUUGACAGUAAUUACACGGAAGAUGGAGCCUUGCACAGGUAUGCAGAAGAUGGUAAUCGUUAUGGAGAGGAAGCUUCUGGCAGCCAUCUAUAUGAGGAUAAACCCCGUUAUGCAGAGGACGCUCCGCACACAUCACACCAGUCAGGAGGGCCAGCAGGAUUGCGAUACGGAGAGGAACAACACCGCUACCCUGACGAUUCACAAUCACGCUAUGAUGAUGACGAAGAGCUCGAUUUAGACCUCGAUGAAGAAGACCUUGAAGGUCGUCUGGAGGAGCAGGACUCCUACGAGCUGGAGCAGCGCAAUCUGGACUCGCUGGGCUCCGAGGAUUUGGUGGCCGGUGAGAGGAUGGAGUCAAUCGAGGAGCCGACAACUUCGGACAAGGCGAAAAGUGUAUCGUUCGAGGAAGAUGAGCCCGACAAAAUGGUGCCUGUUGAUGGUUCCAUGGUGACGCAGCCGGUCAAAGCUGAACGCAAGAAGACGCCGAAGGAGCGCUGGCAUUGGGCCUACAACAAGAUCAUCAAUCAGCUAAAUAAUGGAACAGCUGGAACUGAAAGUGGCGGCAGAACAAAUGGACAUCCCGGUGACAAUCCAUUCUACAGCAAUAUCGAUAGUAUGCCUGACAUUCGACCCAGGAGGAAGUCGAUACCUUUGGUCUCCGAACUGGUUCUCAAGACUAUGGCUGCAACCAAACGCAAUGCUGGCUUGACAUCGGCUGUACCAAGGGCAACACUCAAUGAUGAAGAUCUUAAAAUGCACGUCUACAAGAAAACGCUGCAGGCGCUGAUCUAUCCGAUCUCUAGCACGACACCACACAAGUUCGUGAUGUGGACAGCAACCUCGCCGACCUACUGCUAUGAGUGUGAAGGCUUGCUGUGGGGCAUUGCUCGCCAGGGGGUGCGGUGCACCGAGUGCGGCGUCAAGUGUCACGAAAAGUGCAAAGAUCUCCUCAAUGCCGACUGUCUGCAACAUUUAUUGGGUGCUGCUGAGAAAAGCUCGAAGCAUGGUGCUGAGGACAAGGCAAACAGCAUAAUAACAGCUAUGAAGGAUAGGAUGAAGCAGAGGGAGAUAGAAAAACCGGAAAUAUUCGAAUUGAUAAGGGCGAUAUUCAGCAUUGAGGAAAAGAGUCAUGUGGGUCACAUGAUGGCCGUCAAUCAGUCGGUGUUAGAUGGCACAAGCAAAUGGUCGGCGAAAAUCGCCAUCACAGUUAUCUGCGCACAAGGCUUGAUAGCAAAAGACAAGAGUGGGACGUCGGAUCCGUAUGUGACGGUGCAGGUCGGCAAGGUGAAGAAGAGGACCCGGACAAUGCCUCAGGAGCUCAAUCCCGUCUGGCAGGAAAAGUUCUACUUCGAGUGUCAUAACUCGUCAGACCGCAUCAAGGUGCGAGUGUGGGACGAGGACAAUGACCUCAAGUCGAAGCUGCGUCAGAAGUUGACGCGGGAGUCGGACGACUUCCUCGGUCAGACUAUCAUCGAGGUGCGGACGCUGUCCGGCGAGAUGGACGUCUGGUACAACCUGGAGAAGCGAACUGACAAGUCGGCCGUCAGCGGAGCUAUCCGGCUGCACAUUAGUGUCGAGAUCAAGGGAGAGGAAAAGGUGGCGCCCUACCAUGUCCAAUACACGUGCCUUCAUGAAAAUCUGUUCCACUCUCUUUGCGAGAACAAUUGCGGCAUUGUGAGUCUGCCGCAGACGAAGGGAGAUGACGCCUGGAAGAUCUACUUCGAUGAACCGGGCCAGGAGAUAGUCGACGAGUUUGCCAUGCGUUACGGCAUCGAGAGCAUCUACCAGGCUAUGACCCACUUCCACUGCCUGUCGACGAAAUACCUGUGUCCCGGAGUGCCAGCCGUGAUGUCGACACUACUGGCCAACAUCAACGCAUACUAUGCGCACACGACCGCCUCCAACGCGGUCUCGGCCAGCGAUCGAUUCGCCGCCUCCAACUUCGGCAAGGAGAAGUUUGUCAAGCUGCUCGAUCAACUUCACAACUCACUGCGUAUAGAUCUCAGCAUGUACAGGAACAACUUCCCCGCUAGCAGCCAGGAGAAGCUGAUGGAUCUCAAGAGUACUGUCGACUUGUUGACUAGCAUCACCUUUUUCAGAAUGAAGGUGCAAGAGCUGACAAGUCCUCCGAGAGCCAGUGCAGUGGUAAAAGACUGUGUCAAAGCGUGCCUUAGUUCCACUUAUCAGUUCCUGUUCGAGAACUGUUACGAGCUCUACAGUAGAGAGUUCCAGGUGGAUCCAAACGAGCCGAAACGUGACCCCGAUGACCAUGGUCCCCAGCUGGACUCGCUCGACUUCUGGCACAAGUUGAUCGCUCUCCUCGUCUCUGUCAUAGAAGAGGAUCGCAAUAGCUACGCGCCUGUUCUCAACCAAUUCCCACAGGAACUGAAUAUCGGUCAACAGUCAGCCCUGACCAUGUGGGGAUUGUUUGCCACUGACAUGAAAUAUGCCUUGGACGAACACGAACAGCACAGAAGGUGCAAAUCAUCUGAGUACAUGAAUCUUCACUUCAAGGUGAAAUGGCUCCAUACGAAUUACGUGAAAGAUGUGCCACCUUACAAGGGCUCGGUGCCCGAGUAUCCGGCAUGGUUCGAGCCUUUUGUCAUGCAGUGGUUGAAUGAAAACGAUGACGUAUCACUGGAGUAUCUGAAAAGUGCCUUCGAGAGAGAUAAAAAAGAUGGGUUCCAGCGUAGUUCGGAGCAUGCGCUGUUCUCGAAUUCGGUGGUGGACGUGUUCACGCAGCUGACGCAGUGCUUCGACGUGGUGUCGAAACUGGAGUGUCCCGACCCAGAGAUCUGGAAGCGUUACAUGAAGCGCUUCGCCAAAACCAUAGUCAAGGUGCUCAUCGCCUACGCAGACAUCGUCAAGUUCGAGUUCCCCGAACACAUGAUUGAGGAACGCAUUGCAUGUAUUCUGAUGAACAACAUUCAGCAGCUGAGAGUGCAACUGGAGAAAAUGUUCGAAUCGAUGGGAGGGGAGAAGCUGGAGGAGGACGCUGCUAACAUUCUCAAAGAGUUGCAACAAAACCUCAACACCGCUCUAGAUGAUCUAGCAACUCAGUUCGCUAUUAGCCUGGAGCCGCGUAUCACGGUGAGCGUGAGGGAGCUGGGUGAUCUGUUGCUGGCAGUGAAAGGUGGUGGGGGUGCCGGGGCACUCAAUCAACCCUCUCAACGCAACGCGGUGGCUGCUGAGGCUGAUGAGGUGCUCAGGCCACUCAUGGACUUGUUAGAUGGCUCCCUGUCAUUGUACGCACAAUCAUGCGAAAAGACUGUUCUGAAAAGACUGCUGAAGGAGCUCUGGAAAAUAGUGAUGAGAAUACUAGAGAAAGCCGUUGUUCUUCCGCCCAUGACUGAUAAGAGUAUGAUUCUGAAAAAUCUGACCGACAACGCGAAAAAUCUGGCAGCCAACGCCAAAAUAGAAGAUAUGUCAAGACUGAUCAAAAACCAUAUGGUGGGGAAACAGGAUGUGAAGAAUGCAUUAAGUGGUGUGAUGACCACUGACACACUCAGUUCAAGCAGUCAACUCAGUAGCAGUGCAGCAAGCGUUGCCACAAGCUGCAAGACAAGUGGUGCAACAGGUUGCAAGACUACUGUUGCAACAAGUUGCAAGGCAAAUGGUGCGACCAAAGUAUUGUUGACUCGCACAUUGGUUGCAACACUGCGUUUUGCUAAUAGGAGGCGCAGCAGACAGGAGCAAUUCUCCAUUAAUCUAGUUCAACCUUGUAGCUUGCAAACUGACCGUCGAUCGUUUUAUGAGGUCGAGAAGAACCUAUCGCCCAAACAGUGCGCCGUCCUUGAAGUGGCCCUUGACACGAUCAAACAGUACUUCCAUGCCGGAGGCAAUGGUCUCAAAAAGAACUUCCUCGAAAAAAGUGCAGAGCUGCAGUCGUUGCGCUACGCGUUGUCACUUUACACGCAAACUACAGACACGCUCAUCAAGACAUUUGUUCAGUCGCAGACUAACGAAGUUCCUCUGAACAGCGAGAAGACAUUCAGACAGAGAUCGAUGUCGAGUGAACGAGAGGAUGACUCCGUGGAGGGGGGGCUAGAGGAGCCCCUCAAAGCCAAGAAGCGACGCGAAUCCAGUCAAGAUAUUCAAUUAAUGGACGGUAAAUAUAUGGAAAAUUCUCCACUUGUAGUGUAGGCCUAGUCAUUUUCUGCUUCCACUAGUUUGAAUAAUUCCAAUACCUCUUAAUAACUAAAAUUUGAGAAGUGGGAGAGAGCCACAGCUUGGUGUCAGUGUCGUGGUCCAGUUGAAUGGGAAUAUUAUCCCCAUGAGUUUAAAUGGGGCUGUUUCCACUCAGGUAUGAAUAGUCCCAUAUCAGAACUCAUGGGAAAUAUAUUUU